AAGAUAAUUUUUUUUAAAUUUUUAUUUUUAUUUUAUUGAAUCGUUUACAUUGUACAUUUAGUAACUAAAUUAAAUUUAUGUCAAACAUAUGUAAAAAUAUUUUUUUGAAAGUACAAUUUUUUAUUAUUAUCACAUUUUAGAAAAACUUAAAUACAUUAACUAUUUUUGGUUAUUAUACUUGAAAAAUAUUUUACUCCCUGCAAUACUGCAAUACUAUAACUAGUGAUAUUUGUACAUUUAUAUCCAUAUAGCAAUAUGAAAGAAGAACCGACUAGAGAUGGUGGUAUCAGGUGGAUGUCAUGGGUAAUUGGCAGCAGCAAGAAUGUUCAACUAAAUGAUGAUACUAUACCUGGGAAACAUCGUUUGUGGCAGUUGAUUCAAAUGAGAAGAAUACACGGGAGUAAAGUUGGUGGUACAGGACGAAUGUUGUCGUCAAGUGAAAAACUCAGCCUUACACCCCUCAUUUUUCGUCAGAGUUCUACCGUUGAUGGAGAUGUAUGUUUGUUGACAGAUAGCCCUUACAGAAUUUUGAGAAUGAUGUAUUACUGUGAUAAUGAAUGA